AUGAUGGCAACGUUGGGGGCACGGCUGGUCAAGUCUGUCGGCUUCAAGGUCAAUCUGGUUGGAGUGAUGAUGCUUUCUGGAAUGGUAGCGCCUCUAGCUACCAUCGACCAGAUGAAAGCAGGGCUGGUCCAAUGUAAAGAUCGACUAGCUGAGUGCAAUCGUAAUGGCCCCGGAGGGACUCCGAUCUCAGUUUAUUGCAAGCAAGCUCUGAACACCUGUGAAGAUAACACCGAGCAGCGGCUUAUUUCAGCAGGAACAAGCGCUUACGACAUCCGCGUGCCACCUGGAAAGGAGAACACUUUCUACAGACUUCACUCUGGGAACGUGCCCGACCUCUUGAACCUGAAGUCUGUGCAGCAAGCCUUGGGCGUUUCGGAAGAGUGGAUGCCCUUUAAUCCUCAGGUCUUCGAACAAUUCGCUAGAUUCGUUGCCUAUGAUACAACAUAUCAGGUCACAAGUCUCCUAGAUGCAGGAUUGAAAGUACUUGUCGUCAACGGUGACCAAGAUUUUAUAACCAAUGCUGUCGGUGCGUUCGAAGGGGUUUCGAAAUUGAAAGGAGUUAAAGACUACGGGAAGUUGCUCAAGAAAUCCCCUGCUAAGGAUAUCAAGGUUGAUGGUAGGAAUUUCGGCAAGAUUUGGGCCUCACAGUAUUCAAAUGGAGCAAAGCUCGCAUUCAUUAAAGUGCUUGACGCGGGUCAUAAGAUGUUCUAUUAUGAGCCCAGUGGAGUGCAGAGUAUCUCCGAGAAUUUCUUCACUGGUGGAUAUUGGUAG